AUGGAACAAUCUACAUCGAUUAAAAAUACUAUUUCAAUUAAACGACAACAAAUCAAUGAUAUUCUUGAACCAAAUAAUAAUGACAGAUCUAAAUCAUUUGCAACAACUUCAAAUAUACAAACCAAUGAUGUCAUUAAGAGAGGACUAAGUCUUGCUGGAACAGGUCUAGUAUCAUCUGGUAGGACGAGAUACUCCUUUAAAGCAACAAAAUCAAAUAAAACUCGUCAAUCUGUGAACCUACACACAAGAACUAUUAAGUCGCAAGCUCCUGAAAAGACUAUUGAAAACAACAAGACUGAAAUUCCGGACAAAGAAACCGUGGAUAGAUUAUUUGAAAAGGCAUUAGAUAGUGGGAUGUAUUUUUGGGGUUCUGCACAUAGCACCUUACAGAAUGUAUCUACCGCUAGAAAAUGGCAAUUGAUUCAAAAAAUACGUCACAAUGAACAGGAACAUGCCGACCAGGGUGACUCUAAACUAUCAGUACAAAAUGAUCAAGUAUUCUUGGAAAACUUGAAAUACUCUUUGAAUGACCCUUCCAAGAGAUUAAGGUCGUUGUACCAACUAGAAAAACGGUUAAGACAAAAGACAUUUUUAGCAUCAUUUGUUUCAGGUGAUUAUUAUGUCGAUUUAGUUGAUCAAAUUCCAACGAUUACCAUUGAUAUAGAGUAUGCAUAUUUUUCAUCUUUCAAGACUUUAAUGAAUAACAUGGAGGUUCGGAUAAAAAUAUUGAAUAACCCAAUAUUAAUUGGAUUUUUCAUAGAUUCAAUGAUUAACGAUAUUUCACCUAUAAAGAUAAAACUACAAACUUGUCAGUUACUUCUGUUAUUAACAUAUUUAGACUCUGAAAAAGGUUAUGAUGUCAUAUGGAACUCCUUAGAAAAAAAACUAGAGCUAUGGAUGAACGAUAUUAAAGGAAUAAUUGAAAAUACAGACGAUAUUUUAGAAAGAAUAAAUAGUAAUAAAUCGGUCAUUCAAUUUCGUCACCCAGAACAAGUCAUUUCGGAUUACCUUUCUUCGGUACUGUUCUUAGUUAAUUCAAUAAUUGAAGGAUAUCCUUCAUAUAAUAAGAAAGAAUUUAUUAUUGAACAAUUUAGGAACAUGGAAAUCCACAAAUUAUUUUAUAAAAUGGAAAAUUUUGAAUCUACCACUAUAAAAGAACAAAUCCAGAACUAUAAGAUUAAGGAGGAAGGUGUCCGUAUGAGAAUGAACAACGAGGCACCUAUAUUUCCUACAUUAUCCUAUGGACCUGUUUUGGAAUCGUUAGUACAGAAAACACAAGAUACACCUUUAGAACAACCAUUUGGUGAUUUGGUUAAGUCACUUUCUGCAAUGCUUGAUAAUCGUACCUAUUCGGAAUCAAUUAAACUUUACAAAGCAUUGAGUUCCAUGCUGGUAUAUUUAUUAGAAAAAUUCCAAUCUGAUGUUGAUGAAGAUUUAUCUCCUAAUUCAUUAUUACACGAAUCUUUAGAAAGGUUACUCGAUGGUCUUCAAUCUGAUGACAUUGCUAGAAGAGCCAUGAAUGACUUGAAAGAAGCCCAGAAAAGCAUUGCGGCGUUAACUAGCGAAUUGAAACAGGUACGGACUGAAAAAAGACUUGAUGAUAAUGAGCUUUUGGUUAAAUUACAUAAUAAUUCAGAGUUACUGUCUUCAAAGGUGAGUGAAAUAAAGACAUUGAAAUUCCGAAAUAAAUCACUCGAAGAACUUUUAAAAGAUUCAAAAUUCAAACAAGACAAGAUUGCAACAUAUGAACGUCUACAAUAUAAAGUUAAGGCUCGACCUCUGUCAGUGUUUGGUAACAAUAAAUCCGAUCUAAAACUUCAGCUUGGAAUAAAAAACAAUAUAAGGUACUCUAACUCUCAUAUAAUCCGCGAAAGUAAAGGUGUAUUAUCUCUUUCCUCAUUCUUGGAGGAUGACUCCAUGGAUAAUAUUUUAAAUAAUCAAUCUUAUACUGGACAGUUUUCUAAUUCUACUGACUUAAAGUCUUCCGCUGCAAAUACCUCAAUUAUGGGUGAAUCAAUGGUUGGGGAAGUAACUGAUGGACAGAUUAAUGGAGGUAAUUUACUUGUGACUGGGUCAAAGACCAUUAAAUAUAGUACUGAUAAUUUCCAGUAUUCUGAAAAUGGUUCAAAUGACAGGUAUGGGUAUUGCAUACCCGGUACUAGCACCACAGAUAAGACUAGAAGUAUGAAUAGUGCCACUAAUCGAGACAUAAUUAAUGGAUCUCUAUCAUAUUUACCUAGUCCGGAUCCUGUCCUGGACGGAACUAUUCAACCCGUUUUGACAAGUGGUUUUUCUAAUUCUACUGACUAUUAUCAUAGUCAUCACAUGCGGUCCAUUGAAGAAGGUAAUGGUGUAUCUGUAUCUGGACCCUAUCUGACAUUCGAAGGGCAACAAUCAACUAUUUUGGAUGUUUCAGAAACACCUCGAUUUGGGGUGAUGAUACCCUACGGGAAAAAUGACACUGGUAGUUCCUUAAACCUCAAUGAAAUGCCAACCAAUAAUUUGAACAUUAAUGGAUUGAAUAUAGGUGGUACUGGCAUUGGUUCCGAUUUCAGUUUGGGUGGUUCCGGGACAUUGAAUCCUGGAACUAGAUCUUCAAUUUUAACUACUAGCGUAUUACAAGAAGGAAUAAAACUAUCAUCUGUUGCUGCUGCUGCUGCUGCUGCUCCUCCUCCUCCUCCUCCUCCUCCUCCUCCUCCUCCUCCCUUACCACCACAAUUGUCUGAUAAAACAGAAGAACAAGAGAAUGAAGAUCCAGAGCCAGAGCCAGAUACGAAUGUAGGUUCAUCGAUAUCACUGGCGCCGCCACCACCACCACCGCCAUUGCCCACGAAUCUUGUUAAAAUGGAUGUCACAUCAAGGCAUUCCGCACUGAAAUUAAAACAAAUACAUUGGGAUAAUGUAGAUGAUGUUGAGAAUACUAUUUGGGCAGACCAAGUUUCUCUAGGAGAAAUAUUUUCCAAAUUAAAGAAGGGUGGCAUCUUAAAUAAUGUUAAUGAUAUGUUCAAAAUAAAGGACAAUAAACUAAAAAUUAAAAAAGACAAAAAGGACGAAAAUAAACCUAAGAAAUUGAGCUUUUUGCCAAGAGAUCUUGCCCAACAAUUUGGUAUCAAUUUACAUAUAUUUUCAAAUUAUUCUGUGGAUGCCUUGGUUUCCAAAGUCCUGGCCUGUGAUAGCGAAAUACUAAGGAAUAUUCCGGUACUGGAAUAUUUCAACAAAGAAGAUUUGAAUAACAUUCCACGUAGUAUAUCAAUAAAGUUUGAUCCAUUUAGCUCAAAUUAUUUAACAGGAGCCAAACCUACGAAAUCACCAGAGUCUCUUGAAAGAUCCGAUCAGAUUUAUUUAGAACUCUGCUACAACUUGAGAAGUUAUUGGUCGGUUAGAUCAAAAGUAUUGCUACUUAUGAUGACUUAUGAAAAGGAUUACUACGACUUGACGUAUAAGUUACAAAAGAUCGAUGAUGCAGUUAGAACUCUUAAAAAUUCUACAAAACUGCGAGAUGUGUUGUACAUCAUCUAUUCUAUUGGUAAUUAUAUGAAUAAAAGAGGCGUUCGUGGUAUUAGGUUAAGUUCCUUAACAAAACUUGUAUUUGUGAAAUCAAGUAAUGAUAGCAAUAUAUCGUUUCUACAUUUUAUCGAGAAAAUUAUUAGGUUCAACUACCCCGAUGUAUAUUCCUUUUUAGAUGAUUUGAAACUUGUCGACGAUAUCAGCAAUUUGAGUUUCGAAUCUUUGGAAGCUGAGUGUUCUGAAUUCACCAGGAAGAUUAGAGAGGCUGUACAUGAGGUGAGCAAAGGGAAACUUUCUGAUCCAAAAUUAUUACAUCCUCAGGAUGAAAUUUUAAGCAAAAUUAGGUACAAAACGAAUAAGGCAAAGACAAAAAGUGGUCUGCUUGAUGCGCAAUUUAAAUUAACUGAUAGUGAUAUUGACAAGAUUAUAUUAUUUUACGGUGAGAACCCUAAGGAUACUGAAUCUAAACGGAUGUUUUUCAAGAAUAUUAUGGAUUUUGUGGCCGUAUUUAAGAAAUGUGCUAGAGAAAAUAAAGAAAGAGAAGAAAUGGAUCGUAUUUAUGAAGAGAGAAAGAAAUUGAUGGAACAAAAUCUACGUCUCAAGAGAGAUGAUAGCAACGGGAGCAGUGAUGACGCAGAAGAUGAUGCUGUGGAUGUGUUGCUUUCACAACUUCGCGGUGUCGAUUCAAAUUCAAUGAAAUUGAGGUCUAAAAGACGCGAUUCUAGAGUUUUAUCAAAAGUAGAUUCUAAAGCUAGUAAUAAUGAUGAGUUGCUAGAAAGGACACAUGCAUUGAUGAGCGAUUUACAGAAUAUCUAA